AAAUUAGAAAAAGUAGCAAGGGAGUGGUGAAAAAGGUAAAAGUACAGAGAGAGGGGAAGAAGAGAAUGGAAAAGAAGCGGAAGAGGAAGCAGCUGGUGCAGGGCGCUGAAGAGACAAAGCCGAAGCCGGUUCGUUCCGGCCCGACCCGAACCGGCACUGUGAAAGAUCCGUUCCCAUCCCACGGUCGACCCACCCCGCAAGAAUGCGUAGCCGUACGAGACACUCUCUUAGCCCUACACGGCAUUCCCCCGGAACUCGCAAAGUACCGCAACGCGGUCCAGUCGGAAUCACCCGAACCCGUUCUCGACGGUUUGGUCCGAACUGUCCUCUCGCAGAACACCACCGAGACCAAUUCCCAAAAGGCCUUCACUUCUCUCAAAACCUCUUUCCCCACUUGGGAACAUGUUUUCGUUGCGGAGUCCAAGGACUUGGAGAAUGCCAUUCGAUGCGGAGGUCUGGCCCCGACCAAGGCUUCCUGCAUUAAGAACGUGCUGCGCUGUUUGCGCGAGAGAAGAGGUCAAUUGUGUUUGGAGUAUCUGCGAGAUUUAUCCGUUGAUGAAGUUAAGGCUGAGCUGUCGCUUUUCAAAGGAAUUGGUCCCAAAACAGUGUCUUGUGUGUUGAUGUUCAAUCUUCAGCGAGAUGAUUUUCCAGUGGACACUCACAUAUUUGAGAUUGCAAAAACCAUGGGUUGGGUGCCAGCUGUUGCAGACAGAAAUAAGUCGUAUCUUCAUCUAAACCAACGGAUACCAAAUGAACUUAAGUUUGACCUAAAUUGCCUUAUGUAUACGCACGGAAAGCUUUGCCGUAAAUGCUCCAGUAAAAAGGGUAAGCAGCAAGGAGAAAAAGAUUUGUUAUCCAUGUUUGAGGUGAGAAGGAAGAUGAUGAGAUUAAGAAAAGUGAUACGGAUUGCAUGGAUGCAGGGUAGUUGUGGAAGGAGGGAAUAAACUCGAAGGAAGUUGGAAUUGAUUCCUUGCAUCUAAGAAUGAGAAAUAAAUUUGUUCCAAUUUGACGGGAAAUCCUCGCAUUGACCGUAUAUGAGUACGAGUAUGCAUAAUCUCCAACUUUUUCAAUUGUGUAUGAGAAUGCAUAAUCUCCAACUUUUUCAAUUAUGUAUGAGAAUGUAUAUAUUUGUCGA